CAAAAAGACCCUUUUCCAUUCGGACAUGACACUGACAUGAUCUCUUGAACCAGCUAUUUUCGUUCAUUUUUGGUUUUCCUUUAAAAUAGUACAUAUAACUCGCCAAUAUAAUGCAUUUUUCUACCUCGACCGAGCGGGAAGUUACUGGACAGUCUCACAAUCUUCCUCCUUUAAAACGCUUCAACUACCGGCCGUCACUAACAAGCGCUAAGCCGCUCCCCACCCUUGCUGCCCUCCUCACCUACAAAACAUGGGGCAUUCCAAUGCCGCCUGAAUGCCAUUUUACCUGUUACACGACUUUCCUUGACAACCUUCUCAAACUUGCACCCUAUCCUGCUCGCUUCCCCCUCGUCCUGAUAGCAGCGACAUACAUUUCACGUCUCCGCGAGGUAUUUCCGGAGGCAAGUGGCGAGGAGGGCGUGGAGGUGAGGUUGUUCAAGACCGCUUUUGUGCUGGCGUGGAAAGUCUACGGAGCUGAAGCGGAUGGUGAGAUGAUGUGCGGACGAGGAAGGGUGGCAAGAGAGAUGGAGCGGGAGUUUCUAAAGGGCAUCAAUUAUACUCUCCAAGUCUCUCCAAUGGACAUCUUCAAACUCGCAGCGAGGACAAAAGUCCUCGUCUCGCAGAAUCCGCAGCUUUUUACAGGAAAGGACUGCAUGGAAGUAGCCCUUUGGGUAGAGGAUUUGAACAUGGGGAUUGUGGAAAGUGGUGGUUUGAACGGUUGGAGCGGGGGUGUCUCAUGAACACUUAAUGUCCUUUAUUAUAAGUGUGUAGGUGGUAUCAGGUUGCCUCCUGUAAUUUUGAAUAUAUACCAACGGUGAUCUGAAAGAGAA